AUGAAGACUACCAUUAUCGCCGUUGCUCUCGUUCAGAGUGCCGCUGCCGUAGCUAACCCUCCUGGCUGGGACAAUGGCAACUGGGGAAAUGGUAACUGGGGUCCUGGGGGCUUCAACGGCGGCGGCUGGGGCGGCUGGGGUGCUUGGGGAAACAACGGUGCUGCCAAGUGCGCGGCCUCUUGCUUCUCCUCCCACUUCCAGACGGCCACCCCUACUCCCCAGGCUUUCUGCACUGAUAACAGCCAAUUGAACGACUGCGUCCGUUCUGCCUGCCCUACUGAGACGGCUGCCAUUGCCUCUUGGUCCUCUGCUUCCUCCUCCGCCUGCAGCGCUUUCAACGCUUGCUCUAGUAAGAGUACUUUCACGUACUCUGGCGGCUGGUGGGGUGAUGCCACCAAGACAGAUGCUGCUGUCACUGUUACUGGCUGCCCAGUGGACGGCUGGUGGAUUCCUGGAGGUCCUCUUGGCGGCAUGCCGGCUGGUUGGAAAUACCAAACCAACACUUUUACUGUCACCCGUACCGUUACCAACAACGGCCAAGCUGCUGUUACCACUGGCCCCGUUACUGUUGCUGAGGCCUACUCCGGCACCAGCACCAUUCGUUCGACGCUCACGGGUGUCUUUGCCGCUCAGCAGACUGAUUCUACCACCACCAACGCUGCUGCUGGCGUUGACCGCAGCGUUAAGGUUGCCGGAGUUUGCCUCGGUGCUGCAGUUGCCGUCGUGGGCCUGAUGUAA